AUGGACACAUACCUCAAGGCGAGCGGUGGCUCUAUUGCUUCUUCCCCGGCUGCUGUGUUUUCGAUACGUAAUCUCAACUCUGGUCUGAUUCUGUUUGCGACCAUUAACAUCACAUUGCUUCCACUUGCCGGCGCUCCAUUAAUGGGACGUGUAUUUAAUCAGCAAAAUCAAUCCAGCGUCUUUCAAAGUCUGUACGAACGCCCGGGUGGCAUGAUCGGUCCAAUAUUCAUACAAAGGAACCCUCCCGGUGUCAUGCUGGAACGAGCUGCAGCUUGGUACACUUCAUGGGCGUGGAAUAUGUCUACCGAGCCAAUGGGAGACCAACGCAAUUGGAUUCUCGAUCGGAAGACCUUGUCAGAACGCGGCAACUUCUCUGCAAACGCUGUAAGGUUGCAACAGGAGAUCAGCUGCACAGGGUGGAGAGCGAGACCCAAGAAGUGGAAAAACGGGAUUCUAACAUUCAAUACAAGGAUGAACAAUUCCGAAAAUGGGCGGUCUGAGAGAGAUCAACAUUCUACUGCUAUUAAAGUUCGAAAUGAGGACAAACUUGCUGUUUGGGCGGACGACUACGUAUUUGAAUCACCAACAAAAACCCGGGCGACGCUUGUUUUCGCUGCGAUCAAUGGUUCGGUCGUCGGAGGUGACACCACAACUAUGGAGGAGUUCGGCAAACAAAUCACCAGUAUAGCGUGUCAAAUAACUAUCGAGUUUGUGGAUGACAUUCUCACUGUCGGAAUCGCUCCCGAUGCAGCGAGAGCACAAUUAGGAAGCGUUGCACAGCUGAGAAACUCCAGAGGCUUGAACGAAUUGGCGCUCUGGUUUGCUAUAUCACCCGUUGGGAACGGGGCUAGCGUCUUCGGGACAAUGCCGAUGUAUGAUGCUCCUUGGGGCGAGAUUCCACUGCGAUUUACUUCUACCAACGAAGGCUUGAACAAAGGUUGGGAAGUGGAGAAAAUUCGACAUUUUAUCAGCGUUUCAAUCGGAGCCACUGCACUUCGCACAAGUACUUCGCCCGAUGUCAAUCCCGUAACAAUGCGUUCGAGCGCCCACACACUCAAACUGGAUCCAAAUCGGCCACUACUCUUGCUUGUACUCCCUGUUUUAAUACUCAUCAACGCAGCAUUCCUAGUCUUAUGGAACGCACGACUAUAUCGGCAAACCAAGAUUCCAUGUUAUCAGCAGGCGAAGCUGAGCGAGAUCUUGACGUUCUCUCAGUCCAAUGACCUCAGAGAAGCGGCAGAAUCAGCGUGGCGUAGUAAAGGAGAAAAGAACGAACUGGAUUCUCUGGGGGUACGCUACUGGUGUGAUGAGGGUGAUUGGGCUUUGCAUACCGUGAACGCUAGGUCCAAAGGUCAGAAGAAGUCGCGCAGACAAUCACUAGCUGGUUACGAGCUUGUUAAUCGGAAUUUAUGA